AUGUUUGAACAUCUCUAUAUAUUUCAUAGAAAUCACUUUACUUCCAUCAGUACAGAUUAUAAAAGCUGGUAUGAAAAAGAAAAAAUAUUCUUUUCAAAACAAGUAUUUGCAACAGAUAUUAAAACAACAAAAGAUUUUCUUGAUUAUUUUGAUACAAUUGAAGCACCAUCAGCAACAACAUCAACACUGACAACACGAGUUAGUUUAUUUUGUCUUCCAUGUUUGUUCAAACCAUAG